UAGAAACUUGACGAUGUCUAUACAGAGAACCGGCAGUAGCUGAAGGAAUCUGACUGACACUUCGGGAUUGGCCAACGAGAGGAGGUCUUCGUGGUCCAGCAGCUGACCGCAGAAAUUUCCAGCGUCCAAACAGACUUUUCUCUGCAGUGAAAACUACCGUGAUGGCAGUCCUGGGCAGUGCCGGUCGCUUGAUCCAAUUUGCCAGGAGCAGUGUCAAUCUAAGUGUGAGGAGACACGCCACUGCUGCUGCUUUAGCCCAGACUCUAGAAACGCAGGAGAACAGAAAACCUAGGACAGGCAUCCUGAUGCUGAACAUGGGAGGACCCGAGAAGCUAGAAGAUGUUCACGACUUUCUGCUGCGGCUCUUUAUGGACACAGACCUGAUGAAACUUCCUGUACAGAAUAAGCUUGGUCCAUUCAUCGCCAAACGUCGCACGCCAAAGAUCCAGGAGCAGUACAGUAAGAUCGGAGGAGGCUCGCCCAUCAAACACUGGACCUCCAUGCAGGGAGAGGGCAUGGUGAAGCUGCUGGACGAGAUGAGUCCUGAGACAGCUCCUCACAAGUUCUAUAUCGGUUUCCGGUACGUUCACCCGCUGACAGAGGAAGCCAUUGAAGAGAUGGAGAAAGACGGAGUGGAGAGAGCUGUGGCCUUCACACAGUAUCCUCAAUACAGCUGCUCCACCACAGGCAGCAGCCUCAAUGCCAUCUACCGUUACUACAGCAACAGAGGCGACAGGCCAAAAAUGCGCUGGAGUGUCAUCGACCGCUGGCCCACACACCCUCUGCUAGUGGAGUGUUUUGCAGAACACGUCACUAACGAGUUGCUGAAGUUCCCAGAAGAGAAGAGAGAUGAUGUCGUCAUUCUGUUCUCAGCACACUCACUCCCUCUGGCUGUUGUAAACAGAGGUGACCCGUAUCCCCAGGAGGUGGGAGCCACAGUUCAGAGAGUCAUGGAGAGACUGGGACACUGUAAUCCUUACAGACUGGUGUGGCAAUCUAGGGUGGGCCCCAUGCCGUGGCUCGGCCCUCAGACAGACGAAGUGAUUAAAGGUCUCUGUGAACGAGGGAAGAAGAACAUCCUGCUGGUGCCUAUCGCCUUCACCUCAGACCACAUAGAGACUUUGCACGAACUUGACAUCGAGUAUGGACAGGUGCUGGGGGGGGAGUGCGGGGUUGAGAACAUCAGGAGAGCAGAGUCAUUAAAUGGGAACCCUCUCUUUAUGAAGGCACUAGCAGACUUGGUCCAGUCUCACCUGAAGUCCAAUGAGCCAUGUUCCCGACAGCUAACCCUUCGCUGCCCGCUGUGCACAAACCCCAUCUGUGAGGAGACCAAGGCCUUCUUCACCAACCAGAAACUCUCAUAGAACCACACAAACACUCUCACUCUCUAAUGCCAGGAUCCUCUGAUUCCUGCAGCAGGGCUGCCUGUGAAGAAACAUAAUGCCUUCUCCAAUAAGCAGAAGCUUCAUACAUAAACACUCACCGUUUCCCCAGCAAGGGUGCCUGUUACAUAGAAAAUAAAACACGAAGAACGACUCAAAUGGUUUCUG